GGGGACAAACACCCUGAGGAGCCGUUCGCCAAAGCAGCAAAAACCGACUCUUCUCCCGCGCACUUGCAGACCAGAGUCGGCUUCCAGCUUCGCUUCGCCCGAGAACACGCUCCUUGCCAUGACCUGACCACUCGACACUUCUAUAGACGCUACAUAUUUCUUUAAUCAACCAUUCAAUGGCUACCCCGAGCUCGUAGGACAACCACCGACGCGACCACGACAACCGGCCCCUGAGCCCCUACCGACACUAUGCCACCGAAAGCCGGGACCCCAGCCAAGGGCUCGAACGCGGAGUACCAGGCCAUUGCCGCCCAGUGGGCAAAGGCAAAGAAGGCCAAGGAGGCAGAGGAUGCAGCAAAGCAGCAACAGGCCGCGCAGCCGACUGGCGUGGAGGCUGAGCGCGCAGCACUCGAGCGCAAGAGGAAGGCGUCCUUUGAGGGCCGGGCGCUCUGGACGGUCGCGUUCUGGAUCUGGAUGCUCUGUAUCCAUGCCAUUGGCAUCCUGCUCUUCACCAGCGGCUUCCUCCUGACGCGUCUCGUCCUUGAGGAACGAUCCGAGUGCGCCCGGCCGCCCAGCCAGCCACUUGGCAGCUGGCCCGGAGCGGGCACAGUCGAGGGCGGAUGCUGGCAUCCGCGAACCUUCCGCAAAGCCGUCGUCGUCAUCAUCGACGCCCUCCGCUACGACUUCACCAUUCCUGUCGAAGACGCCUCCCAGGCCGAGAUCUACCACAAUGCUCUGCCCUUCCUCCACGAGACGGCGGUCACGUCGCCCCAGCACGCCGUCCUGCUUCCGUUCAUCGCGGAUCCGCCGACCUCGACCCUCCAGCGCCUCCGUGGCCUGACGACGGGCACGCUUCCCACCUUUAUCGAUAUCGGCUCCAACUUUGCCGGCACGGCUGUCGAGGAAGACAACCUGUUGAUGCAAUUCCGAGAACAGGGACAGCGAAUGGUUCAUCUAGGCGACGAUACAUGGACUGCCUUGUUCCCAGACUAUUUCGAGCCCAAUAUCAGCCGAGCCUACGACAGUCUGAACGUAUGGGAUCUCCACACUGUUGACAACGGGGUGAUUGACCACAUCUUUCCUUUGCUGAAGCCCGAGCAGAGCGGAAAGUGGGACGUCAUGUUUGGCCACCUGCUUGGUGUUGACCAUGCCGGACACCGCUACGGACCAAACCACGCGGCGAUGAGAUCCAAGCUCCAACAAAUGGAUGGUUUCGUGCGUGACCUUGCCAAGGCGAUCGAUGACGACACCUUGCUGGUGGUCAUGGGAGAUCAUGGCAUGGAUGGCAAAGGCGAUCACGGUGGUGAGAGUGACGAUGAGGUCCAGGCUGCGCUGUGGAUGUACUCGAAGAAGCCCGUAUUCGGCCGGACCUCGGUCGAGCACAGCAAGCCACCGCCGAAUGCCAAGGUCAGACCCGUCAACCAGAUCGAUCUGGUGCCUACUCUGGCUCUGCUUAUGGGCAUUCCCGUGCCCUACAACAACCUUGGUCGCCCCAUCGAGGAGGCGUUCAUAGGAGCCCAGGGUAAAGCGUGGGAUAGGCUCGCUGCCGCCUCGAGUGUCGUCGCUUCCGGCAUCCGGAGAUACCAGGCUUCCUAUUUUGAGGCCCGAGGCAUUGAGCAGACGACGCAGACCGGCUCGCCAGCUGAUUUGUUUGCGCAGGCCGAGAAGCUCGUGGCCGAGGGUGGCAAGACACCAAACUGGGAUGCUCUUCAUCGCGCGUUUACAAACUACCAGACCGAAACUCUAUCCAUCUGCAAGGACCUCUGGGCACGAUUUGACGUUCCCAAGAUGCUACUGGGUGUUGUUAUCAUGGCAUUUGGUGUCGGGGUGUUGCUGCUCUACGUGUCCAGGGAUGAGGACGAGGACUUUGCAAUUCUCGACGACGUCGACCUCGACUCUGCCGAGAAGAGUUUGGAGCUGCAAGGCGCAGGCACAGAUGUCGCUUCUGUCUCGUACAAGAGCGUCAACCGACACCUGGUCACGGCGGGAGGGAUCAGUGGGGUUCUCGGUUUGUUGCUUGGAUUUGCGGGUGUCUCAUUCACCGGAUCUCAAGACUGGGUCUUGGUUGCCGCUAUCGCGGCGCUGUCCAGCAUGGUCUCUGUGACAGUCAGGCUCCUUGGUAUCGGCAAGAGCCUGCGCAAUCUUCUGCCAAACACUUACUGGGGUUGGCUCGCCGUCGGGUUCACUUUGAGUCAGUCGAUCGGUUUCGCCGCCAAUUCCUACACGAUCUGGGAGGACUCUAUCUCCCUGUUCUUCCUCGCCACGUUUGGCUUCUCUGCCAUGAUUGCCGCGCUAAGACUGCCUACCCGGGGCGAGAGGACACUGGCCAUCUACCAUUCUGUUGUCUUCAUAAUCUUGUCGCGUGCUGCCUCCUUUUCCAAGCUGUGCAGAGAAGAGCAGAUGCCAUACUGCACGUCCACGUUCUAUGCUUCCGCCAACUCGACCACGUCAGCCACUUGGCAACUCGCCAUCCCCUUUGCUGUCAUGCUCAUCCUCCCGUCUGUGAUCAGAGGCUACCUCAUGCCCUCGCGUUCCUACGAGGGUCUUGCUCCAGCCUGGAUCGGGUACAUCUUCAGGGGCGGCUUGUUCCUGUCAGCCGUAUACUGGACUCUGGACGCGGCAGAAAAUGGAGACUGGUUCCCCUCGCUCGAGGAAGGUGCCCUGCAGAACAUCAGGAUCUUCAUCGCGCAGGUCAUCCUCGCGCUGACGCUUGUGGCCGGUUUCGUCGCCUUCGGAUGGGCACCCCCAAGCAUCUCGAUCCGGACACAUGCCAGCGGAGGCCGCACCGCGCAGGUGACGGUCCUAGGGUACGGCAAUGUGCACGGCUCACGCUACCUCCUCCUGCCGAUCAACAUUUGCGGUGCGCUUGUACUCCUGACGAAGCCCAUGGGCAGUGGCGCCAUCGCCAUCAUGCUGUGGCAGGUCCUCUCGCUGCUCGACAUCCUCGACAUCCAGGGCAUCACGGCGGAAGCCAUCGGGCCAGUCGUCCUCGCCCUCCUCGGCAAUUUCCACUUCUUCAAGACAGGCCACCAGGCCACGCUCUCGUCGAUCCAGUGGGACACGGCGUUCAUCCCGCUCACCACGAUCCGCUACCCCUGGACCCCCAUGGUCGUGGCGCUGAACACGUUUGCGGGGCCCGUCCUCGCCUGCGUGGCUGUUCCCCUGCUCGUCCUGUGGAAGACGGGCCCCAAGCGCAAGGGCGUCAUCGAGAGCGCCAGCCGCGUGCUGGGCAUCUUCAUCGCGUACUACGCCGUCGAGACGCUGGCCACCAUGGCCUGGGCGGGCCACCUCCGGCGCCACCUGAUGCUGUACCGCGUCUUCAACCCGCGCUUCAUGAUGGCCGCCGCGGUGCUGCUGGUCGUGGACGUCGUGGGCAUCGCGGUCGCGCUGCUGGGCGUGAGGACCAACAUCCUUGCCGUCAGCGAGGUCUUUGGGUUCGCGGACUGAAGGUUUCGUUGCGAUCCUCAAUAAUCUCGGGUUUCGGGCGAUGAAUUGGUCGGUCGGAGAGGUGUGUGUGUUUUGAUGAAGCCAUCGAAGUGAAGAGCUUGGCCUUUUCGAAAGGAAAAAAGAGAGAGAAAAGGAGAUAAAAAAAGAAAGAGCUGUCGUCAGGGAUAAAAGUCAAGGUGAUCAUGGCAUUUCCCUUUUGUCUGUCAUGUUGCACAUUAGUUGCUGUACACAUAGUCAUUAGUCUCUCUUUGGAGACGAGCCAGCAGGAUAGACUUUUGUGGUCCCCUUGGAUCAAUGCUUGCCACAUAUAGACACAAUGCACACAAAGUAUACUCAGGUACAGGAAUCAGGAGAGCUUUAC